CUAGGAUUUGAAAUUGCUGAAGUUUGAAUUGCUGCUGCUUUUUAUUACUAUUGCAUAAUUUGAUUUUUCUCAAAAUUUCAGAAAGUUUAGUUCGAUGUGAUGAAAUAUUACACAUGUUGUCAAAUUUUAAUCUCAAACUUAUGGAAUCGGUGGAAUUUGAGAUUGUUAUUUUAGAUUCUGGAUUCUAAAACUUUAUUCUUAAAUUUAAUUGUUAAACAAAAGUUUUAUAUAUUAUGGAAUUAUUAUCACGUAGCAACCGAGAUGCACCUGCGCUCCUGGUUACACCGGCCUGUACUGCGAGACGGACAUCGAUGAAUGCGCCGGAUCUCAAGGGCGAACUACCUUGCAGGAACGGCGGCAAAUGUUUCAACGCGGUGAACAACUUCACAUGCGACUGCCAGAACACCGGAUACACCGGUGACAAUAGCAUCGAGGACAUAGACGAAUGCGUAAAUUCGCAGACAGAUUGUGGACACGACGGGUGCCAGAAUCUGCCUGGUAGUUACGAGUGCGUUUGCGAUUUUGGCUUCUGCGGCUACAAUUGCGCCAUGUUGGAUCCUUGCCAAGAGAACGGUGGCCAAAGGUCUGCAGGUGUGCCAAAGAUGGCGGAUACGAAUGUGAAUGCACUUCUGAAUACACGGGACUAAAUUGCACUGCGGGAGCACUUAUUUAGUAGCAAAGCCAUCGACAUAGCAGUGAUCGUAGGUGGACAUCCAAUUGUGGGCUAUUUUUUCCUCAUCAUCUUCAGCUUUCUCAUAGCGCUCUUUAUGAUGGCAAGAAAGAAACGCACUACACGCGGCAUGUAUAGUCCGAGUGCUCAGGAAUUCAGUAAUCCUCGAGUGGAAAUGGAUAAUGUGAUGAAACCUUCUCCGGAGGAAAGAUUGAUCUAAUCGAUCGGUGAUUGGUGAGAUGUAAUCUAAAUUAAAAAGAAUGCAGAUAAGUUUUGAUAUGUGGAGACUGUUUUACAUAGGCACGCGCAGAUUUUUUGUAAAUUAUAUAACUUUGCUUGGUUGUCAAAAGUUAAAUCAAAUUGCU